AUAUCCUGCUGCCACCAGUUUCGAGUAAUCUGAGCCCUUGCUCGGCUCACGGUAUCUAUCGGGUAAGCGAUGCGAAGCGACCCAUGGGAUCCGAGCCAUUACCUGGCGUUUGGAACCCUGGUGCUCCCGCUUGCAAAUCCGUCGGUCUCCGCAUCAAAUUUGCAAAACCAGGAGCGCGAACACGACGAGGAAGAUUGGCGUGUCCUCGCUCCAGACAGCGUCUAUACCCACCUCGCGAACUCGCCCGACGAGCCGCUCAAACGCUCGCUGCAGUUUCUGAUCCUCCACCGCUUCGCGCAUGCGGCGUGCCUGGCCCCGUCGCCCGACUUGAUGUACAUCCGCGUGUAUCUCGUACCGUACGAUCUGGCCGGCGCCGCCGGUGCUCUGCGCGCCCGGAGACAGUCCGAUCUGGGGAAAGCCCGGCGAUUCUUGGACGGGCUGCUCCCGGCGCUGUCGCGCGAUCCUCGAUGUUGGCUUGGCCGGGGCCCGCAUGUGCCACAGCCCUGCGAGCCGGGAAGGACGCUCUCCGAGCUCUACGAGCAGCUGCCCUCGCCCGCCGCGACGCUCAGCGCCGCAUCGACGCCGGCCACGCGGCGCCUGCUGGACUUUUCCGAUGCGCUCGAGAGCGAUAUCGGCAUCCGCUCCAGGCUGCAUCUCUACCAGCGGCGCUCCGUCGCCGCGAUGGUCCAGCGCGAGACGGAUCCGCGGAACGUGCCGAAUCCGCUGUUCGUCCCGGUCACGGGUAUGGAAGGGCAGGAGUUCUGGUACCAGCCGGGGACAAUGGAGGUCCUCAGGGAGCGCUCGAUGGAGGCGCCCUGCCGCGGAGGCAUCCUCUGCGAAGAACUAGGCACGGGCAAGACGGUCAUGAUCCUCGCCUUGAUUUCGUGCACGCGGAACCAGAUAUCCUCGCCCGAGCCUGCAAUCAUGGACACCCGGCCCGUCCUGACCCCGCUCGCGCUGCGCCACUUUCCCUCGGGCCCCUUCGCGGAGGCACGUGACAGACUAGACGAGCAACCGGCGAUGGAUCACGGCGUGCCGAGUCUUGUGGAAUUGCUGCUGCACAGCUUAGCCACACGGCCGGUCGACUUUGUCCCCCCGCGCCGCCGCGCUCGCCAUGAUGCGCUCCGGGAGGCAGUCGAUGGUUUGGAGCACUACACGGGUCCCAGGCGAGAUAAUCUUCCGUUUUAUCUCGAGUCUCCGUCAUCGGAGCCGAUGGACGAGGAGCGGGAAGGUCAGAAACGGGCGGUUUCUAGUUCGCCAAAGCGCCCUCGGGUAUUGUAUCUGACUUCCGCAACUUUGAUCAUCGUUCCGCCCAAUUUGCUGCUCCAGUGGAAGAGAGAAUGUUCCGUGCAUUGUGAUGACUCGCUCCGGCUGUGCGUACUGAAGAACGGGGAUGCGAUGCCGCCCGCGCGAGUGCUGGCGAGCGAAUACGAUAUUAUCCUCAUGACAUAUCCGCGUUUCACACUGGAGGACAAGAUUGGCGGCCCGACGCGCGAACACACCGUCUCCCCCCUCUGCCAAUGCCCCGAAUACGACAACGUGCGCAUCCCCAAAUGCACGUGCGCACCACCCGCCGGCGUCUCGCCCCUGUCGCAAAUCCGGUGGAAGCGGCUCGUCAUCGACGAAGGGCACGUGUCCGCGACAUUGGACACUGUCCUCACCCCCUUCACGAGCACGCUAAGUGUCGAGCGGCGGUGGAUCGUGACCGGGACGCCGACGACGAAUCUUUUGGGCCUCAGCCUGGGCAGGUCCUCGGCUGACGCGGAUCCGGAGCCCGAUCCUCUGGAGGAGGGCGUCGAGGAUGCAGUGGGGAGAGUGUGGACGGACCAAGACGCCCAGGAUCUCAAGAAACUGGGCAACAUGAUCGCGCAAUUCGUGGGCCUGCCGCAGCUCCGCGCGAACCCGCGGUUGAUGGGCACGCACGUCAGGGACGCGCUGUUCAACCGCUGCAAGGUGCCGGGAAAGCGUGGCGAGACGCGGCGGCCCCCGCGGGCCGGCGCCACUGAUGUGCUGAUGCAGCUGAUGGCGGCGGUGAUGAUUCGGCACCGGAUAUCGGAUGUGGAGGAGGAGAUCAGGCUGCCGCCGGUGUCGCAGGAUUUGGUGCUGCUUGAUCUCGAGCCGGUGCAGGUCAAAUCCUACAAUGCGUUGCAGGCUGUGGUCGCGAUCAAUGCGGUGACGUCUGAGCGCGAGGGCUUGGAUUACUUUUUUCAUCAAAAGAACACCAAACAUCUGCAGGAAGUCAUUCAAAAUUUCUCGCAAGUCAUGUUCUGGUCCGUGGAUGAGAAUUUGUACAACGCCGCGGAGAUCAUGCAGCAGAAUUACGUGUCCAAGUUCCAAGACAAGUCGGCUGAGCGGCCGGACGACGCAAAGCUGCUGAGGGACGCGGUCGAUUCUCUCUCUCACGCGCGGGCUGACACGCUGUGGCGUGCGAUCCAACAAGACCCGAACGUGCCGUUCCGCGUGCACGGCCUCGACCCAGCGUUGUUCGCCGCCUGGACACGCACCCCGAGCGCAGAAGGCUUCCUGCACUCCGACCGCAUCCAGGAGCUGCGCGCGCUCGUGCUCGAGCGGCCGCUGACCUCCGCGGACGCGCUGGUCGAGCGGGCGGGCGACGAUGCCAGGCGGCGCAAGGCCCUCGAGCGCGAGAUGCAGCGCGGGACGAAGAAGCGGAAGAAGGGCGAGAAAGGCGCAGGACCGGCUGUGGCUGCGGCGGAUCCGAGGGCGGUGCAGAAGGGGUUGGAAAUCGAGGCUGCGAUUGAAAGUCUCGACGACGCGCAACUGGUGGACGCUGCGAACGAGCCGCAGUAUGCGUCGGCGCUUGUGGCUCAAUCGUUGAUUGCGCAUACACGCCUGGGGUCUACUGGGUCGAGCAAACUGAACUAUAUCAUCAACGAAGUUCUCGAGCACUCACCCCGCGAGAAGAUCCUCAUCUUCUCCGAGUCCGUGCUCUCGCUCGCCCACGUCGCGGAUGCGCUCGAGCUCGUCGGGAUCGAGUUCCUGCGCUUCACGACCGCGGUCUCGGCGCGCGUGCGGGAGCAGUUCGUGCGCGGGUUCGAGACGAUGGGCAAGUACCGCGUCUUCCUGAUGGAGCUCAAGCACGGCGCGCGGGGCCUGAACCUGACCAGCGCGUCGCGCGUGAUCUUCUGCGAGCCGGUGUGGCAGGCGGACGUCGAGAGCCAGGCGAUCAAGCGGUGCCACCGUAUCGGCCAGGCGCGGCCCAUCACGGUGAAGACUCUGGCCAUCCGGGGGACGUCAGAGGAAGAGAUGGCGCGUCGGCGCGCGGAGUUGAAGGCCGGCAAGGGCAAAACGCCGCGCCUCAUCGACGAGGUUGGGAUGCGGACGUUCAUCGCGAACCCUAAAUUUCUGACACACCGACCGACCGAACUGGUCGCGUUCGAUCAUCCGCUUGUCCGGAUCCCGCCGCCCGAGGCCCUAGCGCUCUCGCGAACGAGCGUGGAAGAGGCGAGUGCGAGUCCGCGCAAGGUCGCGUUCGCCCAAGAAUCGCCCCCGAAGAAGCGCGUCAGGGUUCCGUCUCCGCCGGGGAAGAGGAUGAUGGGAAACGCCGGAGGGUUGGAUUUGAGGAUGUGAGAGCCCGGGUGCGGUUUGUAGACUAAGUUUGUCAUCAUCGGAUAUAAUCUAAUCCAACUUGAUCUGUCUGUUGUAAAGCUUUGGAAUUUC